UGUGUAAAUAUGUCAGCGAUACACAGAGCAAUACUUUCCCCCUCAACCCCACUUUACUUCCUGUGAAAGAUAAACAAAUGGCCGUGGACGCACAGAGCCCACAAAUUACUCAGAAAUGUAACCUUUUAUGGGGAUUACAACAAACGAAAUGCCUGGAAAGAAAAGAAAAUACAACUCGAGGUUUCCUCCGGCUCGCAUCAAGAAAAUCAUGCAAACAGACAAGGAAGUGGGGAAGGUCGCAGCAGCUGUACCAGUUAUUAUAUCAAGAGCCCUAGAGCUGUUUCUGAAAUCUCUCUUGACGAAAAGCUGUCAGAUUACACAAUCAAAACACAGCAGGACUAUGACCCAAGCACAUCUGCAGUGCAUCGAAACAGAGAAGCACUUUGAGUUCCUGAAGGACCUCAUGAGCCGGGCUCCACCUGUCCCAUCUCCCCAGGAAGACAAUGGCGCCAAGGGAGUGCGAGCUGCACAGAGGAAAAGGUGGCAGGAUAUUGGUCUGAAAGUGAAGCACCGGGGCACAGCAGAGAAGCCCAGGGGGCAGAAUGAAGGUUCCCUGGACUCCAUCACACACUCUGACCAGGACUCGGAGCCAGAGAUGCUGUUCUGCCUGGGAAAAGACAUGCCUAAACACCCUUCAGCAAACAGAACACGCAGCUUCAAGGGUCAAGAUCCUUCUGCUUCUGCUGUCCUUGUCUGGUACCCCUGACAUCUGACCAAUCCCCAGCAGGACAGAAUGUGGGGACUACAAAGCACAGCUGGGUUUUCUUAUUUUUGAUUUUGAGACUGUUUCCUUGUUGUUUUAAUUUUGUUUUCUAUUUAAACUUUUACUGGUGUAUCAAUUUCAGCAGGAUGCUUGGUAGUCAAUGGAAAUGUCUCCUGUGUAACUUCUGAUAUGGAAAGAAUUGCUCCUUGAGGAAUAAUCUGACAUCUGAUUUAUGUAGUAAUAUUGUUAAUGUUUUAAAGUCAGUAAUUAAAAUAUUUUGUUUAUUUUUGAAUCAUAUUUGAAUGUCAAUACAGGCUAUAAUCAAUAUUAAGAAAUUUUGUUUUGUAAUAUGCAAUUUUAGAGGGAUGUGUUUACAAUGGUUCUCAUUUUUUCUUGGGUGAUUUUUGUUACUGGUAUUCUUUAACUUUUGAGCUGUUAUCAUAAAGACUUUGAUUCAAAAAAAAUUUUAAGCAUUGCUGAGUUUAGUUAAACGUAUAUAGCACUGUUAAGGGGAAUCUAACAUUGUGUUAAUAUGUACAGUAGGUCCUUUUAUACAUAACUGCUGUCCUUUUUUUAAAGACAUGAAAUCAUUGUACAGUUCACGCACACCCUUCAGACAUUGUGGUAAGAUCUAGCACUAUAUUUCCUCCUUUAAGUAAUCAUUUUAUGGAAAUUCUAUUAGGAACAAAAUGUUUUAAGGACUUUUCAACAUACUGUAUUUUGUACUGCAAUUACUAUGUGAAUUUUGUGAAAAUUUAACAAAAGUAUAGGUUUCACAAAGCUGUUUUUUAAACAAUUGAAUUAUACUGGUUUGGAUGAUACUGGAAAUAUGAAUGACAAACAUCUGGAAUAGUACAAGUACAUUUCUGUGCAAAAGUAGUUUUAAAUUGAUCCAAAAUGCCUUAAGAAUAUACUUUAUAUAAUCUCAGCAAGGCAAAUGAACAUCUCUCUAAAAAGAUGUAAAAAAUGUAAAUACAUUUAUAAAAAUAUAUUUAAAAUGAAGAUGAUUUUUU